AUGGAGAACGCUCUGGCGAAAAAGGCAAGAGCAAGAGGCCCGAAGUCACGAGGAGGAUGCAAAUGUUGCAAAAUUCGCCAUGUAAAGUGUGGAGAGGAGAAGCCUUCAUGUCUUCGAUGCACGCGAUCCGGGACACGGUGCGAAUAUUUCCCCAAAUUCGCGACUCCUGAUGCAACAUCAUCUGUGUCAAUGAGGAUGAUUUUGUGUACAGCACCAAGUGGAAGGGACAGCCGAGGAUUUGACUACUUCCGGCACAACACACUCUCAGGACUCAUGGGAUUCAGACACAACUCCGAAUUCUGGAAUCAGACCGUCCUUCAAUUCUGCGAAGCUUCACCCGCUGUUCUUCAUGCUGUCCUUGGUCUCAGUGCAUUGCAUGAGAAUCUGCUCAAUGAUACGAGAGCCGACGCAACACUAAGUGGUGACUUGAUUUUUCUCAAGCAAUACAACAAAUCAAUCAAACUCUUGCAAUCAAGUCAAGAGGACCGGGCUGUCUCCAGUACCCUGAUCUGCUGUGUUCUUUUCAUAUGCCUCGAAAACUUUUCUGGAAACUACGACAAGGCUCUCGUUCAUUUGCAGAGUGGUUUAAGUAUUCUGGAAAACUGGCGAAUGGAAGAUUUGGAAUCAGCAUCUGAGAUUAAGGUGCGGGAGAAUCUCACUCAAGUCUUCCGUAGACUUGAUAUUCAAGCCACAACUUUCAUGGAUUCUCGACAACCUCUGAUCAAUGCAACUACUUUCGGCGCUCACCUCUCAGAGAAAGAUGGUCCUACGCCAGUAUCUUUUUCCAGUCUUCAGGAAGCUCAGGAGGAGCUGGAUAGGAUCGGGAUCCGCUUGGUUUAUGUGCUUACUCUGAAAUCGCCGGAGAAAGAUUCUACCACAAGAAUACUCCUGCUUCAAGGGCUUGCACCACGAUUUCAUUCUUGGAAGAAAGCUUUCGACGCCUUCUCAGAGCGGGAGAGUCAAAGAAUGGAUACGAAGGAUCUGCGGCUGAGUGUGAUGCUUGGGCUACACUUUCAGACGGCAAUCCUGAUGCUUGAAGUCAGGGUCAAUGUUGUUCUCCACGAGCAAGAGACCGAUGUCAAAUUCAUGAGAAUCAUCAACCUGUCUCGGUCCUUAAUUCAAUCUGGGGUUUCGCCGAAGCCAUCAUACGCUUCCGAAAUGGGCGUUAUUGCACCGCUAUAUUUCACAUCCAUGAGUGCCAGCCCAUAUCUUCGUCAACAAGCCAUCGCUCUUCUUCGCACAGUCAAAGGAAAAGAGGGUCCCUGGGAUCCAAGGACGACGUCCAGGAUUGCAGAGGAGGUCAUGGUCGCCGAGCGUAUCAACAAACCUGGAGUUCCCCUGUCUGGUAGUGUUCAAUUCCUGGCUGCAGCACAUCAUAUCCCCUGCUAA